CACGAGGGAAAGUCUGACAACGCCGCGGAGCGCUCGCGCUCCGAUCGGCCGGCGAGCGAACACGCUUCCACAUCAGCGGCUGAAAAAGGAGAAGUCCCUGGAGAGUCCCCCAGAAAUGGAUUCUCCAGUAGGUAGCAUAAGUAGCGAUCUGCGUCGGCAAAACGAGGAGUUGCGUGCUCGGCUGGCCGGUGAGGCUGCUGAUCAUAAGAGAAGGCUUGAUGCAUAUCGUCGCGCGCAGCAAGGACAGGCAGCUCUCGUGUCACGAUUACAGUCAAAGGUGCUCCAAUACAAACAACGAUGCGCGGAGCUAGAAAACCAACUGUUAGAGACUCCCCGCAGCGAGCUUCCGUCGACGUACCGGCCGCCCGCCAAGCCAUCGGCCAUAGCGCUUCCGCCGCCGGUCACGGCAUCCUCCAGCUCGGAUACCCGCCGGGAUGAGAGGAUCAACGAUUUAGAGACGGCACUGCGUAGGCUGGAUGAAGAAAAACGCAGAUGUGAAAAACUAGUUGCACAGAACAACCUACUCCGUGACCAGCUGGAGGAAUCUCAUCACCUAAACGAGGCUCUAACCAAUGACUUACAGAAGUUGACUAAUGACUGGGAGGCUCUUCGGGAUGAAAUGGCAAUCAAAGAGGAUGAGUGGAAGGAUGAGGAACAGGCCUUCAACGACUACUACACAGGCGAACAUAACCGUCUCCUCAGCCUGUGGCGGGAAGUUGUAGCAGUUAAACGUUUCUUCUCUGAGCUGCAGACAUGUACAGAGCGUGAUCUUUACCGUGUAAAGAACGACUUUGAUUCAAAUGCCAGAGAUCUCCUUGGAAUGUUGAGCAGUUAUUCCAUCAAUGCUUAUGCCGCUGGGCAGGGAGUUAAGCCUGAAGCUCCUCAAGUCCUGAUGCAAGCAGGCACAGCGUAUGCCCAACCCCCGAACGUCGCUGCAGAAACCCUCCGCGUGGAACUUCGCGAGAUGGCGUCACAACGCGACAACGCCUUGGCUGAGUUGAGAGAGCGAGAUGCACGAAUACAACGGUUGCUUGGUGAAUUGCAGGGGCUGGAGGAGCGAUGCGACCAGGCAGAGACACUAUGCUCUGAGGCGAACGUCAUGCGAUCUGCUCUGGAAGAGGUUGCCCGUGCUCUCAUACAGGAUUCAGAAACUGAUGUGGCGUCACAGAUACUCUUAGUCGAUAAUUUGUCGCGAUCUCCGAAGCGCAAUGUGUCCCAGUCUGCCAACGCGACCGCUUUCGCUGAAAGUACCAUCUCGGCAGUACAGGCAGCUCUGCACAAGUACCAGAUUCAAAUACAUGAACUGCAGGUAAAACUACAAAACACGAGAGAACAACUGUCGACAACGAGAAAGAAUUGCGAGGCAGCUGACGCCAAUAUUGCUUCGUUGGACAGCAAAGUACACGAUCUGCAAAGCAAGUUGGAUCAAGCGAAUGCGGAGUUAAAUCAACUGGUGCAAGAGAAGGAGUCCAUGCAGAAGACCAUCGAGUCCCUCAGAAUUGACAAGAACAAUCUAGAACGAAACAGAAUUGAAAUUAACGCAAUGGUGGAAUCACUGACGUCAGACUAUGAAAAACUUCAAAAAAUAAACUCACGCCUGGAGAAGAACAUAGAGGCGUUAGAAAAUGAAAAAAGACAACUUAAUGCUGAAGUGGAUCAUCUGCAUCGAGAAGCGCAAAACCGAGAGUCUAUGUUAAGAGCUGAAGAAGAGCGUGCAUCACGUUUCCGAGCAGAGCUGGUGACAGUACGCGAGGAGCUUAACAAGACGUCUUUGGCUCGAGACUUGCUCGAUCAACAGAAACUCGAGACAGAUGCGCUCUUAUCGCAGAUGGAGAAGCAUAGAAGCGAUUUAGAAGUAGAGCUGGAAAAAACAAUAAUGGAAAGAAGCGACUUUCAAGACUUAGCAGAGAAACUUCAAGCAGCGAUCAGGAAUUUAGAAGGCGAUAAGAAGAAGUUGCAGGAAGAUGUUAAACAGUUGGAAGGCGAAAAAACCUCCCUAGCAAACCAGUCAUCGGAACAACAAAGCGACCUGAACUCUCUACGCAAGGAACUACUUGCUGCAGAGCAGACACGCAUGGAGCUCGAGGCUGAUAAGGCAUCGCUCAUGGAGAAGAUCAAGUUCCUGGACACCGAACGGGAGAAGGUUGAGUUGGAACUUCGACAGGUUCAUAGAGAGCGUUCAGAGCUGAGCUCCCAGCUGACGGCAAUGGUGCGUAAGAAAGAUACUCUAAACGAAGAGAUCAUCCGCCUGCAGCAGCGGUUGGAACAAGCCAAUGAGACUAUCGGGAGAAUCAACAGGGCUUUAGAAGACCACGUUAAGGAUGGCGAGGAGAAACAGAUGUUAAUAGACAGCCUAGACAAAGAUAAGCAUCAUCUCCAAGAACAGCUCGCAGGCGUGCGUUCAGAGAAAGACGCUCUCGAAGCCGUUCUCUUCGACACGGCCAACAUGCUCGAAGACUCCGACAAUAAACGCAGCAAAUUGGAACAGGAGUUGCAGGAAACUUUAGUACAGCAGGAGAACUACAAAGGUCAAAUAGCUCGUCUGACAAAGGACCUAGCAAAUAGUGAGAAGAAAAUUCGUGAGACACGCGCUUCACUGCAGCAGCAGGCCGGCAAGAAGGAGGCUGAAUACCAGCAGAUCAUCACCAAUAUCAACCGCACUACAACCGAGAAUAUCACUAAGUUAAAAGAGGAAAAGGAACAGCUCCGCCAAUCGCUUGAACAAAAGUUAAGUCAAACAUUAGCAACGCUAACGAGCGAGAAGGAAGCAUGUGAAGCCACUGCAAGGGAGCGAGAGAGGAAGAUGCAGGUUGCUAGAGACCAGUUGAUACUGCAGCAUGACGAGGCCAUGUUACGAGCGGAGAAUGACAAGCAACAAGCGUUGAUUAUUGCACAUCAGGAACAUCAAGCACUACUCGAGCGACUGGAAGAAUUGAAACGAACGCUUGACUGCGAGCAGAACAAGUUGGAACGCGUGCGCAGGGACGCGCAAGCGAAAAACGAGCAAGACAGAAUAUGUAUCAACCAGUUGAAGGAGGAGCUGGCUGCUAUGAAGACUAGACUUGAAGAGGCUAAGGCUGUAGCAGCGGACGACUGCGCGCAGUUCCAGAACCGCAUCAAAGAGCUACACCUUGAGAAGGAAGCGCUGAAUAAGGAAUGCGCUGAGAUACGCGGGCAGCUCGCGUUGGCUGAGGAUAAGUACGACAAUGCGUACGCGCAGCUGCAGGAGACGCUGAGGAAACUGAAGGAUCUGGAAAACGAGUCUGACAGUCUUCGUAAAGAACUUACCGACGUACGUCGUCAACUAACCAACUGUAUCGCCGAGCGCGAUAAGUAUAACAGCACUUGUCGGGAUCUGCGGGAACAUGUUAAGCGCGUCGAACAAGAACGACGGGAAGCCGCCAGAGCCACUGAUGAGGCUUACCAUAAAAUUACCACCUUAGAAGAGAACCGCACAUCUCUCGAGCUAGAAGUCUCGCGUCUUCAAAAUAUCUUGAAGGAAACGGAAACUGGCGGGGAACAAGUGACGCGUACAUUGCGCGCUACAGAGGCGCAACUAAAGAGAGAGCGCGCUGCACUGGAGCAGGCCAACCAUGACAUCAAAGAGUUGCACUCCAGGCUCCAGAACGAGAGCGAGGAACGCGAGCGCUGCGCGGGCGACGCGGCGGCGGCGAGGAGGCACGGCGCGGAGCUGGAGGCCAUGCUGGCCGCGGCGCGCGCCGAGAUCGCUAACUGUCGCCAGCGCGGGGCCGAACUGGAGGAGGCCUGCAGGGCCAGGGACCAGGAACUGGUCCUUCGUCUCGAGGAUUGCCGCUCGAAGGAGCGACGUUUGGAAGAACUUAAACACAACCUGGAAGUUUGCCUCGCUGAUGCUACUCAACAAAUACAGGAACUCAAGGCCCGUCUAGGUGGUAGCGAAAGCCGUUGCCGUGCACUUGAAGCUUCACUAACCCAAUGCGAGAGCGGUAAACGCGAGGCUGAAGCGAAGUUGUCAUCAAUAGCACAUACAUUGCGGCGAGUGUGUGGCAUUCAACCCGAUGGGUCCAUACAGGCGGCGGCACGACGGCGCUUGGCCAGCCCGUCCAGGAGAUACAGUCCUCAUAGAGGUAAAUAUGGAGGUCGAGAUCAAUCUGAAGACCGAAACGAAAUUAUCGACGUGGAUCCGGAGCAGGUGAAGAAGGGAGUGCGCAAUCUGAUGCAUGAAGUCUGCCAGAUAGAACGGGAGAAGGAUGACUACAAGUCCCAGCUAGCCGUCUUUAAAAAGCAACUGAAAGAAGCUACAGAACAGCACGGCAAAGGCGAAGGCAAGCUCCAGAGCGUAACCAGCAACCUUCGCCUUUUGCAGGACGAAAAGGCGAAGUUGCAGUCUAGCUUCUGCCAGAUGGAAGCACAGUUGAAGGCUAUGUGCGAAGAUGUGCAAGCAAAGGUGACGGAAAUCAGCGAGCUACGAGACAAAGUCACUACCCUCGAAAAUGUCUUGAGUAACAUGGAUCAAGAUAAAGCAAAUCUAAUUGCUCAAUGCGAAUGCCUCCGAAAACUGGUGACCGAACGAGAAGUUGAAAUGAAAAUGCAGCAACAAGCUCUAGGUGCCGCUGAAGCCCGAGCGUCACGUCUGGACAUAUUGCGCGCGCGCUUAGAAGGCGAUUUGCAGCGCUCUAACGCCGCCAUCAAGGAAAAGGACAGUGCAAUCGGGAAAUUGAACGAGCGCCUGGAGUGCUACACCCGUACCAUAAAUUCACUGGAAUCGCGUUGCACGUCGCUCAAGACGACCAUAGAUAAUCUAAAGUGCUCACUGACAAAAGCAGCUGCUGCUGAAUCCGAGGUCAGGGCUGAUCUCGCCAAGACUCUACGCCAGCUAGCUGACAUAAAAAAGCGAGAAGAAACUGCAGACGCUAGAUUUAGACAUGUGGAGAAAUGUUUAGCAUCCUGUGAACAAGAGAAACGUGUUCUAAUAGAUAAACUGCAAAGUACAAAGACCCUCAUCGGAGAUUUAAAACGCCAAAACAGUACCUACGAAGACCAAAUUCAUAGGCUCACCACUCAACUUGCCAACAUGGAGGUGGCAAAAGACGUGCAGCGGCUGCGCUCAGCGCUCGGGGAGUCACUCAGGACAGUUUCUCAGGAUCCGACCUUGGACUCGUACAUGCUGGAACACGAAGCCCGCAAGCUGGAUAGUACAUUGGCACACAGUCUUCCACCACUCAAUGACAGCUACGACUCUUCCAAAUAAAUCCAAUAAGUACCUAAAUUCUUUAUUAAGUGUGCGGUCAGAGUGCUGGCUCCCUAAGGGUCAUUAUAUAUGGUACCACUGCAGUUAUAAGAGCAGUUUGUAGGAAUGUGUGAAAUAUGCCACACACGUUUCUAACGCGCAAGGGUCUAAAGGCACUCUUGCGUAAUGUGUAAUGAUAUAUAUUUAUUUUAUUGAUAUAACUUUAUGAUUAAUAUUUAUUUGAAUCAAUACUGAGUUAACAAAAACAAUCAUA